UUUUGAAACGUCAUCACUUUGUUAACAUUUUUACUUGGAAAAUUAAAUUGCAAAAUUUGAAAAUUAUUUUUACUUUUAUUUUUGUAAUUCUACCAAUUUAAGCGAAUAUAAUUAUUUAUUUUAAUUAGUUUAUUUAAUAAUUUAAUUUAGCUCAUGCAGCUGUUGAAAAAUGACCGAGAUUUUUUGCAAAUUUUUUUAAGGAUUCCAGGGUCAUUUGUCUUAUAGAUUUUAACAAUUCAGUUUUCACUGCCGUCAUCUACACUUUACACAUCCUAUCACUUUACCAAAUAAAAUCACACGAUAGCGUAAAUCACCUUUCAGAGAUAUGUAUACCACUUUGGAACUUCGUCACCGAUAGAAAAACAAUUUAUGUUUGGUUAGUUUAUGAUAUACCACGGACCCAUAAUUGUAUGCUGCCACGAAAGUAAGAAGGCGUUAAAUUUUUGAUUGUAAUUUAUUGUUGCCAAGUGUACUCGGAGUCUCAUGUUAAUAUCCGAUGGCGCGCAGAAUUUGGGCAACUGGUGAAGACGGAUCCAUUGAGUAUGUAACUCUCACUGAAGAUUUGCUCGACGCAUCCAUAAACGCCAUGCGGCAAUCCUUCUACUUGAAUGAGAAUAUCUGCGUAGCAUUUGACGUCCCUCAUCAUCGAGAAUCCUUUGAAGAACUAGACCAGCUACUAUUAGAGACGAUAAAAGAUGGAGUGUCCGUUGCUGCAAUAGAAAAGGCAUCCGGAGAAGUAGCAGGUGCAGUUUUGAAUAAAUUGCAGACACCUGGAAAUGUAAGCAAUUACGCGAAAUUUUUGAGGACGUUCAAACAUUCAUCGUCGAUAGGCGUUCUUCAGUGGAUGAUAGACGUGGAGAAUAGAUUUGACAUAUUCGAACAUUGUCAAGUCGACAGCGUGAUGGAACUAAUGUUCCUGGGCGUGAUUCCAGAGUUUCGAAGGCAAGGCAUAGGGAAAAAAUUGUGCGAAGUGAGCGUUACCAUAGCCAAGUGUCUCAGAGAUGGUAGAGAUGUGCGCGCUCCUUACGAAAACCACGAUACGUAUGAGUUGGUCCCGCCAGAAAUUAUGACCGGCAUAUUUACGGCGCCGGCCACACAGAAAUUCGCAAGAGAGUUAAAUUUUCAGCUCGGCAAACGAUUCUAUUUCGACGAUUUUGUUUAUAGGGGCAGUAAAUCCUUAGGGCAAUUUAUCCACAACACAUCUUAUUUUACCUACGAAUAUUUGAGGUUGUGAAU